AUGAGUUUGGAAAUUGAAUCAAUGGUGCGAUACGCCUCGCCUAUCAAUCCGGCGGUGUUCCCACAUCUAACUAUGCUACUUCUUGGUAUCGGAAUAUUCUUUACGGCGUGGUUCUUUGUCUACGAAGUCACAAGCACGAAGUCGUCAAGAGACUUGUUCAAGGAACUCCUGUUGUCAUUAGUAGCCGCCUUGUUCUCAGGCUUUGGUAUUCUCUUUUUAUUGUUAUGGGUAGGCAUAUACGUGUGACAAAGUAAUUAAGUAUUUAAUGUACCAUUCCUUUUAAUUAAUGAUAAACAAAUUUUGUAUGCUAUAAGAAUAAUAAAUGAAAUUAUAAAAAAAAA